AUGGUUAUGGCCACUUUUGCAACCAGAGGAAUUGGAGUCGCAAAGCUCCAUGACCCCUACAAUCCCAACCUUAAAUCUCUCUUUCUUGGCCAAACACUUAGAAUCAAACCCUCAAUUAAUAAUCAACAACCACCAUGCAGUGGCAAAUUCUCAACCCCAAAAGCGUUUCAUGGGGGUGAAUGGCUUCACUCAGUUCACAACCUAUUUGUUGGUGUUGGGGUUGGACUUCCCUGCACUGUCAUGGAGUGUGGGGACAUGAUUUACAGAAGCACUCUUCCUAAGCCUAGUGGGUUGACACUUACUAUCCCAGGCGUUGUUCUUGCUUUUGGUGCUCUCUCAUAUCUUUGGGCUACACCUGGUGUUGCUCCGGGUUUCUUUGAUAUGUUUGUUCUUGCUUUUGUUGAAAGGUUGUUUAGACCCACUUUCAGAAAGGAUGAUUUUGUUCUAGGGAAGAAGCUGGGAGAGGGAUCAUUUGGAGUUGUUUAUAGAGUCACCCUAGCUAACAAGCCCUCUUCAAAGGAAGGUGACUUAGUCUUGAAGAAAGCCACUGAAUACGGCGCUGUAGAAAUUUGGAUGAAUGAGCGAGUACGAAGAGCUUGUGCAAACAGCUGUGCAGAUUUUGUUUAUGGUUUUCUUGAGAGGUCUACAAAGAAGACUCCUGAAUAUUGGCUUAUAUGGCAGUUUGAAGGAGAUGCCACCUUAGCUGAUCUAUUGCAGAGUAGAGAUUUUCCUUACAAUGUUGAAACAUUGAUUCUUGGUGAGGUACAAGAUUUGCCUAAAGGAUUGGAAAGAGAAAAUAGAAUUAUUCAAACAAUCAUAAGACAACUCUUGUUUGCAUUAGACGGUCUUCACUCAACUGGUAUUGUGCAUAGGGAUAUUAAGCCACAGAACAUUAUUUUCUCUGAAGGGUCUCGUACAUUCAAAAUAAUUGAUCUUGGAGCUGCUACAGAUUUGCGAGUUGGCAUCAACUAUAUUCCUAAGGAGUUUCUUUUGGAUCCAAGAUAUGCUGCACCAGAGCAGUACAUUAUGAGCACACAAACUCCAUCUGCACCCUCAGCUCCGGUUGCUACUGCACUCUCUCCAGUCUUAUGGCAGUUGAAUCUUCCUGACAGAUUCGAUAUCUACAGUACUGGUCUAAUAUUUCUCCAAAUGGCAUUUCCUGGUCUGCGCACUGAUAAUAGUCUCAUACAAUUCAACCGUCAAUUGAAGAGGUGUGACUAUGACUUGGUUGCAUGGAGAAAAACUGUCGAGCCUCGAUGUGGUAGUGAACUUAGGAGGGGCUUUGAGCUGUUAGAUUUAGAUGGUGGAAUAGGUUGGGAACUUCUGACUUCAAUGGUUCGAUACAAAGCAAGGCAAAGGCUGAGUGCAAAAGCAGCAUUAGCUCAUCCCUACUUUGACAAAGAAGGUUUGCUGGCGCUAUCUUUUAUGCAAAAUUUGAGGCUACGGUUCUUUCGAGCUACCCAGCAGGAUUAUGGAGAAGCUGCCAAGUGGAUUAUUCAACUUAUGGCAAGAUCAGGAACACAAAAGGAUGGCGGAUUCACUGAAGCUCAGCUCCAGGAACUUAGAGAAAUUGUGCCCAAGAAAAAAUCUGGUGCAAAGAGAAAUGCUCUAGCUUCAGCUCUUAAAGUACAGAGGAAAAUUAUAAAAACCUUAAAUGAGAGUAUGGAUGAGCUCAGCAGAAACAGGAAAAGCAUUUGGUGGAGAAGAUGGAUCCCAAGAGAGGAAUGA